GUCGCACGACAAAUCCCGAGGCCGUUCGCGUCGUUUGGCGGCCGGGGGCGUCCUCUGCCUCACCCCGUCCACCAGCGCCGCCAGCUGGAAGUGUGAACAGUAAACAGCCUGAAAGUGUCCCACAUGUGACACUGGAGACACGACGACGUCAACCGCAGCGAGCGUCUCUGUGUUUACGGAAGUUGUCCAAACAUGAACACAGCAUCGAGCACCUGGAGAUUUUAAAGUUCCUCUCGUACCGGAGCCAGAACAUGAACAACUUACUUGUUUUAAGGAGGAGAUUGAGAAGGAGAAGGACGAGGUUUUUGGUCGUGGUGUUUUGUGGGACAGAACGUUGAAAGGAACGUGUGGAUGUGGAGACGGAGCCAAGAGUGAUCCAGAUGUUUGGUUCAGUGUUCAGUUCCUGGUCUCCUCUGAUCGUCCUCCUUCUCCGUCCCCGUGAGCUGUUCUUCUCCCGGGAUCCUGCUCCAGGUGAAACCCAAGGAACCUUCAACGAAAAAAAAUCCUGAAGGAACCUGAAGAAAAUGAGCUCGUGGUGGAGGUGACCUUGUGGAGAAAAAUGGAGAACUCUGGAGGAGGACCAGAGUCUGGACGUAAACCCAGAGCUGAACCAGGACUAAACCAGGACUAUAUCAGGACUAAAGUAGAUCCUGGCCCCAGCGGAGUCUCUCUGAGCAGUAACCGCUCCAAAGAUGUCAUCAUCAACUUUAAAGAAGACCGAAGUGGAGCGUCUGCACAGCUCAGAGAUGACAGCGCCCCCUACGGACCCACCACAGAGUCUCUGAAAAGUGAACGCUCCAAAGACUGGAUCAUAGACUUCAAAGACAGAGACAAUCAGAGAGAUGACAGUGCAAGUCCUAUUGAACAGGAGCCUCAGGCAGAGCUGGACACCGUCUUCCAGGUUCUGGAGGAGCAGGUCCUGAGGUUUGUCCAACAGCAGCUGCAGAGGCUCCACAGUCUCCUGGCCUCAGAUUACACAGAAUGCUCCGAGAGUGAGGAGGAGGAGAGCAGAGAGGUUCUGAACAUCACCCUGGACUUCCUGAAGAGGAUGGACCAGGAGGAUCUGGCCCAGCGCCUGCUCAGCAGGAGUAAAGUUGGAUUCAGAGAUAAACUGAAGUGUGAUCUGCAGCAGAGGUUCAGCCGUGUAUUUGAGGGCGUGGCUAAAGCAGGAGACUCCGCCCCCCUGACCCAGAUCUACACAGAGCUCUACAUCACAGAGGGCGAAGCCUCAGAGGUCAACCAGGAACAUGAGGUCAGACACGUGGAGACAGCGUCCAGGAGACCGGCUGCUCCGGAGACCAUCACAUGUGAAGAGCUCUUUAAACCCCGCCCACAUUCACCACAGCCAAUCAGGUUAGUGCUGACAAAGGGCGUGGCCGGCGUGGGGAAAACAGUGCUGACUCAGAAGUUCGGUCUGGACUGGGCUGAAGGCCGGACCCAUCAGGACCUCCAGCUGCUGUUCCCCUUCACUUUCAGAGAUCUGAAUGUGCUCAGAGACACACAGUUCAGCCUGGUGGAGCUGCUGCACCACUUCUUCAGUCCAUCCAAAGAUCUCUGCAGCUUACUACAGCUCCAGGUGCUCUUCAUCUUUGACGGUCUGGACGAGUGCAGACUUCCUCUGGACUUCAGCCGAACCCGAGUCCUGAGCGACCCCACAGAGUCCACCUCAGUGCACGUGCUGCUGGUGAACCUCAUCAGGGGGAGCCUGAUUCCCUCCGCUCUCCUCUGGAUAACCACGCGCCCCGCCGCGGCCAAUCAGAUCCCUGCUGAGUGCGUCUCCAUGGUGACAGAGGUGCGAGGGUUCGCCGACCCGCAGAAGGAGCAGUACUUCAAGAAGAGGUUCAGAGACCACGCCACAGCCGUCAUCUCCCACAUCAAGAGCGUCCGCAGUCUCCACAUCAUGAGCCACAUCCCAAUCUUCUGCUGGAUCCUCUCCACAGUUCUACAGAAGCUUCUAGAACAAAUAGAACCAGAGCUGCCCCGGACUCUCACACAGAUGUACGUCCACUUCCUGGUGGUGCAGGUUAAAGUUCAGAACAUCAAGUAUCACCAGGGAUCAGGGGAGGACCUUCACUGGACUCCAGAGACCAGGGAGAUGGUGAAGUCUCUGGGAAAACUGGCCUUUGAGCAGCUGCAGAAAGGAAACCUGAUCUUCUACGAGAGUGACCUGAGCGAGUGUGGGCUGGACGCUGCAGUGGCCUCAGUGUACUCCGGAGUGUUCACACAGGUUUUUAGAGAGGAGCCAGGCCUGUACCAGGACAAGGUCUACUGCUUCAUCCAUCUGAGUGUGCAGGAGUUUCUGGCAGCUCUUCACGUCCAUCAGACCUUCUACAGCUCUGGAGAGAACCUGCUGGAGACACCACACUUCUCUGAGAGUCCAGAAUGUACCGGUCAUGAGUCUGAGCAGCAUUCAGAUUCAAAGGAGGAUUUCCUUGUCCCGUCUGUAAGUCCUGAAGCAGAAGAAAUAAGACCCAAAGAGGCUUCAGCAAUUGGACUGAGAAAGAGACAGUCACAGUCUGACAGACAACCUUCUGAGAGGACUCCAACAACAAAAACAAAAACACUGAAACUACCCUUGAAAUCCACACUCAAAACAAAGCUCCUCCAGAUUUUGAAACCAAGAAGUCAUAAACCAAGACAAACUAGACCAGAAACACCAGAGAGUCCUGAGUCUGACCCAGAAGAGUCUGAGGACUAUUCAGAAACAGAGAUAUCCUCUGUCCCCUCCAUGACACCAGAGGCAGCCUUCUACCACUCUGCUGUGGACCAGGCCUUACAGAGUCGAAAUGGACACCUGGACCUAUUCCUGCGCUUCCUCCUGGGGCUGUCUCUGCCGACCAAUCAGAGGCUGCUGCAGGGUCUGCUGAUUCACACAGGAAGUGACCCGACCAAUCAGGAGACAGUAAAGUACAUCAAACAGAAGCUGGAUGAAGAGGGUCUGUCUGCAGAGAGAAGUCUGAACCUGCUCCACUGUCUGAACGAGCUCAACGACCAAAGUCUGGUGAAAGAGAUACAGAAGAACAUGAGAAGAUACCUCUCUGAUAGAACCUUGUCUCCUGCUCAGUGGUCUGCUCUGUCCUUCGUCUUACUGUCAUCAGACUCAGACCUGGAGGAGUUUGACCUGCAGAAAUACCAGGCCUCGGAGAAUGCUCUCCUGGGUCUGCUGCCGGUGGUCAGAACCUCCACCAAAGCCCUUCUUUGGGGCUGUGGUCUGUCUCCUCACAGCUGUGCUCCUCUGGCCUCAGUCCUCAGCUCCUCCAGUCUCACACAUCUGGAUCUCACUAACAACGACCUCCAGGACUCAGGCGUGGAGCUGCUGUGUUCUGGACUGAAGAGCGCCUCCUGCAGACUGGAGACUCUCAGGCUGUCUGGAUGUCUGGUCUCAGAGAGGGGCGGGGCUGCUCUGGCCUCAGCUCUGAGCUCCGCCCCCUCCCACCUCAGGGAGUUGGACCUUAGCUACAACCAUCCAGGACCUUCCGCCGAGCUCCUGACUGCUCUACAGGAGCAGCGCCCCCUGCUGUCUGUCAGGUUGGAUCCUGCUGGAGAGCGCUGGAUGGUUCCAGGUCUGAGGAAAUACUCCUGUGACUUCUCUCUGGACGCAAACUCAGCUCACAGUCUUCUGCUUCUGUCUGAGGACCAUCGGACUGUGACACGAGUGAAGGAGAAGCUGGAGUAUCCAGAUCAUGACGACAGGUUCACAGGCCACGCUCAGGUCCUGAGCUGCACUGACCUGAGGGGGCGCUGUUACUGGGAGGUGGACUGGAGUGGGGGGGUUGAUAUAGCAGUGAGUUACAGAGGGAUCAGACGGAGAGGAUGGAAUGUGGAGUGUGGGUUUGGAUUCAACGAUCAAUCCUGGACUCUGACGAUCUUAAAUUCUGGACAGUACAGUGUCUGUCACAACAGCGUCAUAACACGACUCCACCGCUCCUGUCAGUCAGAGACAGGGUUCAUGUCCUCUGAUGAAGUGGACUUGUCAUCUAGUCAAGGGGUCGUGUUCUCGGGCAGAGUGGGCGUGUUCCUGGACUCUGAGGCUGGAGCUCUGUCCUUCUAUCACGUCUCCUCUGAUGGAGAACUGUUCCACCUCUGGACCUUCUCCUCGUCCUUCUCUGAGCCUCUGUUUCCAGGGCUUGGACUGGGUAAACUUUCCUCUGCGACUCUGGUGGAGACGAGACAAAACAGAAAAGAAACUGAACUGGACAAAAACUUUUUUUAUUCAUGAAUUCAUUAAAUUUUGACUUGUAUGAAAUAAAUGUAAUAUUUUAUUAUUUUAACUAGUCAUUUUAAAUUGUAUAAAAAAUAAAUUAUAUUUGCAAUUAAAAUUAAUUGCUAAAAUGAGCCAUUGUUUAAAACUGUAGCUAUUUAAGU